AAGUUAAGCACUACUCAGACUCUCCACCACAAGAAAGGAUCUGCUCGUGCGUGAACCUGCAGUCGAUAGAUAAAGAGAAGAUGAGUCAGUGGAAGGGGAAAGAGGGAGAGGGCGAGGUAAGCCGUUUGCGGGGCUAGAGCCCUCCUGCCCGGAGAACCCCCUCCUCCGCCAAUUUUAACCCCUCCCCCACUGUUUCCACCGAUGGAAAAACGGCCCCUCGAGCUGCGCAAGUUGCCGACCGACACCGAACUGCUAGCUCUGAAGGAGAACCUACGACUGUACAUGCAACAGAGUCCAUUUGCUCUGAAGGCCGGUCCGGAAAAACAGGGGAUUCGGCGAUACUCUGACAAGUACAUACAACUCCUAGAGAGUGAGAGCAACGAAUUUGUUAGCUGGAGACCUGACUGGAGAUUUUUCCCGGGCGAGCUACGCCCCGGAGCUCCAAGAGAAGAAGAGUUUCGUCUGGCCCGAAACCAGUGGUGCCUUCUUCAAGAAAGAGAGCGAGAAAGUUCGGAAGGAGGGAGAGGGGGAGGG